AUGAAGACGUCGACGCCGCCGUCGAACUUCGACCAGAAGACGUGCCUCGUCUGUGGAGAUGCUCGAGCCAGCCGCCACUACGGCACCAUCGCCUGCAACGGCUGCAAAGGCUUCUUCCGUCGCAGGUCAGCUUGGUUACUGUAGAUACGAGUACUGUAGUUUCGAAGGCUAGACCUCUUUUUUUUUUAGAUAGAAUCGAAUAGUUAGGGUGAUUUUAGGCUACAGUAAUCCUUAGGGAACGCUCCUGGUGGUCACUUUGGUUUCCUUUGCCACUUCGACUUGUUUAAGCUAGAAUGGAUUACUGUAGCCUUGCAAGCAAGAAUCCUUCGGGAUGUAGUGAUGGUGUAUUUUAGAUGGGCAUUCAAGUAUACAGUAUACAGUCUCUCAAGUUCAAUAAAGUCAAUAUGACUUUUCAAUUUCCUGUUUGGCUUCAAGGUUGAUGAAAAGAAAUUGUAAAUUAUAGUAUACUUACAGAAAGAGUUCCUUUGAGAUUACUGUAGAGUUUGGUACUGUUCUUCGCAGAGGAUAAGAUCUAAAGAGAUAGAAGAAUAGAGAGAAAAAGGCCGCAGUUCGAACUCUGUACUGUUCAGUCUAAGGUUACUGUAGUCAGAAGGCAAGAUAUCUGUCUGAUCUGAUAAGUGUUUUGAGAAUAGUUUCACGCUGCAGGUGUUGUUCGGAGAAUCAUUUUAUCAUUCUAAUUUGGAAACUCUGAGGUUACUGUCACACGAGGGUUACUGUAUCCGUUUUCUGAGAAACUUACAAAUGUACUCAGUUUUUUAAAGAUCUGGUGCGGGCAGUUUGUACUUUAUUCAACAACAAAAGAAAAGUAAAAUACAUCUCAAAAAUAAAAUAAACUAUAAAUUGUUACUUUUUCCAUACUUUUUGUAGUAUGGAUGCGUCAAGGUUUUGGUAGACGAUUUAACGUCAUGAAAAUGUGUUUUUUUCUAUCAGAAGUGUUGCCUUUUUCAUUUUUUUGCAAAAAAACUGAUAGAAAAAAAUUGUGAGAGUACAAUUUUGAUUGUUCAUUAGUCAGCUGUAUUUUUUUCGGAAGUUGGAAAAUAUUGAAAAGAAGGAAUAAAAUUUGACCUGAAAAAAAUUUGUCAUUUAAUCAAUGCAAACCAUGGCGCGAAAACCGAUGACAAAAUGAUUAUUCUCAUCUUUUCUGUCAUAACACAAAAGUUAGGGAUCUGCUUUCAAUUUACACCUCACAAGCUUUUCUGGUGAGAAGAUGGUAUAGUCGAUUCACGGCUGGCCUGAGCAUCGCAAAAAGGGUCCUGACACGAUAAAGGAAAAGAAUCCUCAUUAGUAGAGAGAACCCCUUUUAGCACCCCAAUCUAUCCGUGAAUCGGCUAUAUGAUUCCAACUCUUUUCAGUGUUUGGGAGCACCGUAACUACAAAUGCGCGUUCCACUCGAAAUGCGACGUCCUGCAGCAGUUCCGCAACCGUUGCCGCGCCUGUCGCCUCGCCAAAUGCUUCCGCGUCGGAAUGGACGCUCGAUGUAUGAUAUCAUUAUGAGAGGCGGUCAAUUAACAUUUCCAAUCAAAAUAUCAUAGAAAUAAAUUUAUGGGUGAUUUAUCUUAUUAAAAUGAUUCACAGGUGUGGGUAUAAGAAAAAGUUUGAAUUAUUUUGGAAAAAAAAAUAGCUUCUCUUAAUUUAACAUCGCUCGAGAUUGGAUUAAUUUUCCUUGAAAGUUUUCCUCUCUCACUCAUUGACAACGACUUCCAGCUGUUCAAUCUGAACGCGACAAACCAUUCGAAGAUGGUCCGAAGGGCAAAAAAAAGCUUCUGCUCCAACAACAGCAGCAUCAACAGCAACAGCAACAGCAGCAACUGCAACUACAUCAGGCCUGGAACUACGGCUACAGUACCCAAGGUUCAUUUUCGAACCAAAAAUAGAAAGGAAAUAAGGAUAUGUUCGUGUCAAGCAACCAUGCACUUUCUUUCCCAAUCAAAUAGAAAAGAUCGUUUCAGUGCCCAUGAAAAUGGAGGACUAUUCUUCGCGUUGCAGCUCUCACUCCUCCUCUGAAACGGAACAUUCGAGUAUCGUACUCGAGCUCCUUUUUAUAGUUAUGGCUUUGUUUUUAAUUGGUUGAAAUAAUGGGAACCCAAAGGUUAUAAUUAUUCGGAAACACGCAAAGGUACAAAAAUAAAAUAUCACAUGACGUGAAGUGCGUGUGGGAACUAUGUAAAAGCUUAGAAUUUAAAAAAAUAGAUUUGAACUUUCGGGUUGUGCAAGGUUCCGCAAUUGUGAGAUCCUAGUUUUUUUUUUUGUUUUAUUUUUUUUAUUAAGAGCAUUCCGCAGUGAUAGAGAACUACAAAAAAAGGUAUUUUGCAAAGGUGCAAACAGGAUUUCAUCGAAAAAACUCAAAAUAUCAUUGAGAUAUCAAAUAUAUUCUAGUGAACUCUCAAAAAAACUCUAUUUUUAGUUUUAGCUAUUUAAAUCGUAUCACAUUUAGGAAUAUCAAAAAAAAACUGUGCUUAUUGGAAAAAAAACUGAUAAUCGACCUGAAACAGUCUCAUUAAAAAAAAGGUUUUUUUGUAAUUUUUCGAAUUUUCAAAAUUUUCGCUAGUAAUUCCAGCGGAAGAACCUAAGCCAACAACUUUUUUUCCAAGGAAUCUUUUUUUCUAACUGAACGUUUCUCUGCAGGAACACACGGUGCUGAACCUGGUGGAACAGGACGAGGACCUGAGCAAGGUUUUCGAGCAAAAAUGCCGCGUCGACGUCAGCCUCGCUGAGGCGUUCACCAACCCGAAUAUCGUCGCUCGACGAACUCCCGUCCGUCUACUUUUUUUUUUCGUCUUUCCUUUUUUUCCCAUUUCAUUUAUGCUUUGCGAACUUGUUGCGUGGGAACGCUUCAACGGCUUCCGAGUACUUGGAAGUAGGAAAAAAGGCAAAAAAGUGUGUGUGGGGACCUACCGCCGCGGGAAAAGUCUUGUCUCGGCGGCGUGCGAACUUCUUUGCAGCAAUAAAAAUGUCGAACGUGUGUAUAACAAGGGAAUUUCCUACUAACAGGGAGGUAUUUUUAGUCCGAAGUCUGGAAUUUUCCAAAUAUUCGCUCAAGGCAUAAUUUACCAACCUUCUUCAUUAGGCUCUGAACUUGAGAGAAAAAUAUGACUUUAAAAAAUACUUAUAAGAGCUUUUGCAGUGAUAAAGCAGUUUUGCAAGUUUUUGAAAGAAAAAAGAUUUUUUCCAGUUGCAAUGGGGCACGUUUGCGCGAUUGGCCUCGUUGCCGGAUUUGCACAUAACUUGGUGCCGGGCCUUCGUUUUGUACUGCGAUUGGCUUUCCUGCUUCCAGGAUUACAGGGUUCGUUUUCGAGAAGAGAAUGAAAAAAAGUAACUUUGUAGGAGUUUUGCCGCCACGAUCAAUACACGCUUUUCCGGAACGGCUUCGUUCCAAUCAGCUGGAUGUUCCAUGCCUACAAGGUUAUAGGAUCAACGAAAGAGAAACAGUGAACUAAAUGAGGACGAAUAGAAGGAAGAAGCUCGUUUUGGAAAUUUCAAAAAAGAUUGAAUUAUUGAUAAAGGAUUGUCCAAUUUCCUUAAAAAAAUUUAUCAGCUUUCAAGUUUCCGAGCUUUUUCUUCCGCUUAUAGUUUUUUUAUAAAAAAAUUUGAACAAGACUUCAGUUUUUUUCUGUGAAAAAAAUAAACUUGAAAAAAAGCACAUUUAAUCAAAAAAAGGAUCUAAAAAUUUGGAUCUUUUUCUUAAAAUUCGACCUAAAUUGGUAGAUUAUUUUGGAAACGUAUUUGUUUCAGUCCUAUGAAUACGGCUGUGAUGGCGUGACGUUCGCCAACGAUUGCUGGUACCCGAGGGACAUUGAUCUCCAGGAUAAGAUCGAUAAAGAGUGAGAACUGAUCGAUAAUCGACUGAUAAAAGGAUAUGAUAAUCCAGAGUCAACGAGUACUACUCGCAUCUCACCGACCACUACAUCCACGAAGUUGUCGACGAGAUGCGACGAUUGAAAAUGACCGAGGCCGAGUAUUGCCUUCUCAAGGCGAUCAUCAUUUACAAGCCAGGUUGCGGCGAGAAAAAGGAGAUUUUCGAAAGAAGAGUCCCUUUCAGACCACGCGUUGACCCUCGAGGGCAACACGAUGACGAUCCGUCUGCGGGAGAAGUACAGCAACUCUUUGAGCGAGUUGGUUCAAAGGGCGACGCCUUCUAAACAAGCCGCGUUGGAGCGCAUCUCUUCCAUGAUGUUGCUCCUGCCAGCCAUCGAGGUGCGAAGGAUUAUAAAACAUUGUUUCGGGAUAGAUAAAAAGUCGGAAGACUCUUAAUUUCGAUAACCAUUUUAAUUUGAAAGUUUUCCAGGGUCUCGUCCGGAAAGAGGACGACAACGUCCAGUUUCUUGCCAUUUUCGACAUGGCCAACCUGAACGGCCUUCCCUACGAAAUCCACACUUCGGCUGAACGCCUUUCUUUCUUCUGA